AUGGUCUAUGCCUUUUCUUCUUUCAUGGUAGAUAAUGUGAUAAACUGUCUAGACACUGGAAUGUGGUUCCUCAUUAAGACAAUUCUCUGUAGAGACUACAGUCUCAAAUACAAAUACAUUGACCAAAGACUGGUUGGUCAAAUAGGCACAAAGUGUCUCAAGGGAAUGUCUUUUCCCUGCACUUGGUACUUCAAAGGGGCUUUCUUUGUAAGCAACAAUCUUCACAGCAGAGAAAUGACAUCAGAAGUGGAGCAGAACAUUCCAGAAUAUUCCAUAGGUGGAGUAAUGACAUCAGAGCCAAAGUGAAUAAGCCAAAGGCAAGGCAAUACCUUAACCUUCUUAUUGCUUCACAAUAUCAACUAGAUCAUUAUGUGAUUCCCAUCUCACAAAUGACUUUUCUUCAAGAUAUAAUAAAUUCAUGAAUCACAGAGGGGAAACUGAACUAUUUGACCAAGGUUUGAAA